AUGAAGGAGAAGUCGAAGAACGCCGCCAAGACGCGGCGGGAAAAAGAGAACGGCGAAUUCUACGAGCUGGCCAAGUUGCUGCCUCUGCCUUCGGCCAUCACCUCCCAGCUGGACAAGGCCUCCGUCAUCCGCCUCACCACCAGCUACCUGAAAAUGAGAGCGGUCUUCCCGGAAGGUUUGGGAGAUGCCUGGGGCCAGCCAAACAGGUUAGGCCCCUUGGAUAACAUUGCAAAGGAGCUGGGUUCACAUUUACUUCAGACUCUGGAUGGGUUUGUUUUUGUGGUAGCGUCUGAUGGCAAAAUAAUGUAUAUCUCAGAAACAGCUUCUGUUCAUCUAGGUUUAUCCCAGGUAGAACUAACUGGCAAUAGCAUUUACGAAUAUAUACAUCCCUCAGAUCAUGAUGAAAUGACAGCUAUUUUAACAGCUCACCAACCACUUCAUCCCCAUCUUUUACAAGAAUAUGAAAUAGAGAGAUCUUUUUUCCUGCGAAUGAAGUGUGUCUUGGCCAAGCGAAAUGCAGGAUUAACAAGUAGUGGUUAUAAGGUGAUCCAUUGCAGUGGCUAUUUGAAGAUUCGACAGUAUAUGCUGGAUAUAUCUUUGUAUGACACCUGUUACCAAAUUGUGGGAUUGGUUGCUGUAGGUCAAUCACUACCUCCAAGCGCAAUUACUGAGAUCAAACUUCAUAGUAAUAUGUUUAUGUUCAGAGCGAGCCUGGACUUAAAGCUUAUCUUUCUGGAUUCCAGAGUCACUGAAUUAACCGGGUAUGAGCCACAAGAUUUGAUAGAGAAAACUCUUUACCAUCAUGUGCAUGGAUGUGAUGUAUUUCAUUUACGAUAUGCUCACCAUCUUUGUAAAUUGGAUGUUUGUGUAAAUUACAAACCAAAAUCAAUACUUAAAACACAUUAUGCAUUGAGAUUUUUGAAAAGUAUCUUUGAGGAUGAAAAUAUCACAGAACCAUCUUUAUUUGAAUUUGAAUAUAGCAUCAAAGAUCAGGAAAAUCUUACUGAGUAA